CAGCAGCCAACGGACACACACAGACACAGCCUCCCUCUUUCUCUCUCUCUCUCUCUCUCUCCAAAUCCAAAAACCCUAGAUUCCUAAUCUGGUGGCCGUUGAUCUUAAAUAAAGUGGUGUUCCACCUGGACUUCCACCUCACUCUCUCUGAACGCCAUGAAAGCAGGUGCUUCAUAGAUUAUUUUGAAGAAUAAACGUGAUCUAGUAAAUUUAGAACUAAAAGGGGUAUUUGCUGAGCCAAUAGAAAAUGGGGACAGGGGAAGAAGGUACUCCUCCUAAGCCUUCCAAACAAGCUUCAACAGCUCAGGAAAUACCAACACCACCUUCAUAUCCCGAUUGGUCCAGCCCUAUGCAGGCUUAUUAUGGUCCUGGUGGUACCCCGCCUCCCUUUUUUGCCUCCACUGUUGCUUCCCCAACUCCACACCCUUAUAUGUGGGGAGCCCAGCAUCCUAUGAUGCCGCCAUAUGGAACUCCAGUUCCAUAUCCGGCCAUGUAUCCUCCAGGUGGAGUUUAUGCUCAUCCUAGUAUGGUCACGACUCCAGGCGCACCACAACCAGCCCCGGAGUUGGAAGGGAAGGGUUCUGAUGGGAAAGAGCGGGUUUCAACUAAAAAGACCAAGGGAGCUGCAGGAAAUGCAAGUUUGGCUGGUGGCAAGGCUGUGGAGAGUGGAAAGGCAACUUCAGGUUCAGGAAAUGAUGGUGCUUCACAAAGCGGUGAAAGUGGUAGCGAGGGUUCCUCCGAUGGAAGUGAUGAUAAUGCUAACCAUCAGGAGUAUGGUGCAAACAAGAAGGGGAGCUUUGACAAGAUGCUUGCAGAUGUUCAUUUUUCAGGUGCAAAUGCGCAGAAUAGCACUGGGGCCAUUCAGGCUUCAGUGCCUGGGAAGCCUGUCUCUAUGCCUGGAACUAAUCUGAAUAUUGGAAUGGACUUAUGGAAUGCAUCCCCUGCUGGUGCUGGAGCAGCAAAAGUGAGAGGAAAUCUGUCGGGUGCCCCAUCAGCUGGUGGUGAGCAUUGGAUUCAAGACGAACGUGAACUGAAAAGACAGAAAAGAAAGCAAUCGAAUAGGGAGUCAGCUAGGAGGUCAAGAUUACGGAAGCAGGCAGAGUGUGAAGAGCUACAAGCAAGGGUAGAGGUUUUGAGCAAUGAGAAUCAUAGCCUCAGAGAGGAGCUGCACAGGCUUUCUGAGGAAUGCGAGAAACUUACAUCAGAGAAUACUAAUAUAAAGGAAGAAUUGACACGAGUAUGUGGACCUGAUUUAGUAGCAAACCUUGAGCAGCAGCCUGGUGGUGGUGAGGGCAACAUUUGAGAUGGGAUAUUAGUCUCGCCGUAACAGAGAUUUAAGAGCUCCGGAAGCCAUGACCCUUCUGCGAAUUGAGCGUAGAGAAUUUGUUUUCCUUACUAAUUUGUACACUUUUAACCCUUUUAUCUGUAACAGUAACGUUUCUUUGUGAACUUAGCUGUUGAGUUGGAUCAUCUGGGAAGUGGGAACCAUGCAAAUUGUUGUAUCAUUGGAAAGAGUAUAUAAUAGAUUGACCUCCAUUUGGUA